CAGAUCAAAUAGCAGUGUUCCAAGUCAAAUUUACUAGCCAUAGCCAUACGAAGUGAUCAUCCUCAUAAAACAUGGCUCAUUGUUCCCUGGUUCGAGGAUUGGCGGUGCUUAUUAUCUUAUUCCUUUGUAUCGGUGGUGGACUUGGUACGUGGUGGAAUCCAUUUGGAUGGCGUAGAGUAUGGAAAGAUUGGGUUUAUGAACAACAUCGCCUGUCGCAUCGUCUUGACGAGGUUUCGAAGAAAGUUCAACAGCCACCUUUACAAAAAGACGGGAUUAACGUCUGUGGAGUUAAAGUUCCUAUUACGGUGUCCCGUGAAUGUCGAACUAUGUUCGGACGGCGAAGACUCAAAUGCAGGUUCAGAAGGUAUUACAUAACCAAAUACGAAUGUUGUCCUGCCUUCGCACGAGUCGAAGGACAGCCUGGCUGUCCCAAAGAGCUAUACGUUUCCAAGUUGAACAUCAUUGACAUCGCAAAAAAACUCGGUUUGAAUCAGUUUGUUAAACUUGUGACGGAGUCUGGUGUCGGUUCUGAGCUGAUUUUGGAUACCCGUUACACAGCUUUUAUCCCGAGCAAUGAAGCAUUCGAAGCAAUACCGAAAGAGACACUGGACGAACUACAAGGAGAGUCUACCAGACUUGGUGAUGCCCUUCUGUUUCACGUGCUUCCAGGGAAAUUAGUCACUGAUCAACUGAAGAAUAAUGAGCUACUCAAGACAAUGGAUGCCCCUCAUAAAAUGAGAGUCAAUAGAUGCAACGAUAGGAAAAUUUUCGUGGUCCAGGGAGCCAAGAUAAUCGAUGCCAACCAAGGAGCGUCUAAUGGUAUCGUCCAUGUUAUUGACAAAUUCAUACAACCAACACAAGGAACCCUUAGAGAUUACCUCAAAGGUAAACCGGAAUUCAGCAUCUUAUCUCGCCUGCUGCGCAGCCAUGACUUGGAGGACCUAACAAAUGUCACACUGUUUGCUCCAACGGACAAAGCUUUCCAGGCCCUCCCGGCUGACAGGCUCAACAGGUUACUAAGCAAGAAGGACUGUGUUCAGAAGCUAUUGAAAUACCACGUGUUAGACGAGCCAAUAUACAGUCAGCUGUUGGUGUCGUCUCGCCAAAAGUCCAUGAAUGGUUUAUUCUUAGACGUGGAACACAAGGGCAACGAAACUCUCAAAGUGAACGAUGCCAAUAUAAUAACGGCUGACGUCACGACUGAUGACGCAAUUGUCCAAGUGAUUGACAAACUUUUGAUGUCCAUUGCAGCAAUGGAACUGGUCGAAGCGGUCAAAGCUUUAAACCUGACUAAAUUUUCCUCCCUUCUGGAAAGAAGCUCUUUGAUGGAGGAAUUAAGAAACGGAGAAAAAAACUACACAGUUUUCGCACCAACAGACGAAGCAUUUGAAGCUUUGCCUUCUGAUGUCAAAACGGAAAUCACAGCGAACCCUCAGGCACUGGACAAGGCGCUCAUGUAUCACAUGAUCGACAGGAAAGUCUGGACCUACGAGUUUGGACGGGAUAACUGUGUUAUGACACGUAGUGGUAUGAGAGUGAGGCUCAACACAUUCCAGUUUGGAAAGGUGAACGCUGCCAACGAUGCUUGCAUAGAAAAGGCCAAUCUAGAGACAUGCAAUGGAGUCAUCCACGUGAUCGGCAAAGUCCUCGUUCCCGCCAAGAACACCAUCUAUGACGUCAUCAACAGUAAGCCCCAGUUCUCCAUCCUUGCGCGCAUCAUUCAAAGAAGCACGUCUAUAAUGCCAAUCCUGGCCAAAAUCAAUGGUUCAGUCACUCUCUUUGCUCCCACGGACCGAGCCUUUGAACGACUGAGAGAGAGAUCCCCAAGCAUCUUGAAACUCCUUCAAGAAGACUCCAAAGAAGCGACGCACUUCCUCAAAGCGCAUCUGCUCGACCGCACCAUCUACAGCUGUGGCCUCCAGUGCAAAUACAGCUACUGGUCCCAAUUCCGUUCCUCCUUCGUCGUCUUCUCUAUGUCACGUGACGUUCUCCGCCUGAAGUUACCAUGGCGACGAGGUGCCAGUGUAAAUAACAUUAUGCUGAACCCGGUUGAUGUGGCUGCUUCUAAUGGUGUAGUCCAUGGAAUAGAAAAAGUAAUGAACUGGAGCCCAUUGGGAUUACGAACAAGGAAAUACUACAAUCCGGUAAUCUUUGAUUGGUGGAUCAGACCAUGACGUCACUCCAGCUAAGGGAACCCAACCAAUUUAAAAAACUUUUUCUGGACUUAGAAGUUUGGGUAGAUUAAUGCUAAAACAGUUUUUUAAAAUAUUAAAAUAGUUGUGCUUGCUUUUAAAAGAAUGGUCAAUACUAAUCAGAAAGCUUUUCCAACGAAUUUACAAUAUUUUUCUGGACUUCGAAGUUUGGUUAAUCAAUGCUAUGACAUUCAAAACACUUACAGUUAAAAAGAAUAUUAUUAUAAUACUUUAAUAGUAUUAAACUACAAAAAGGUUAACAUAGGUUAACUAGCUAGCUGUAUACACCAGUUCACCUCCCCAGGGUACGAAAUUAACGCUCGCAAACUCCCAAAAUGCGGGUGAAAUCUAGUAUUUAGCGAGUAAUAAAUAAAUUUAACUAGCUAAGUUUCGCAAGUAUGACCACAGUCCAGAAAAUGAAGGACUGAAAAGUUCAGAAUCCGCAUCAAGUAACGCUUGUUAUUCUCUGCUUCUGAUCGCUAGUGACUUUGAAAUUUUUGCAAGCUUUUUUGCUAGUGGGUUUAAAAGUUUAUUUCGUGACCUGCUCCCCUCUCCCCUUUUUUACAACCGUCGUUUGUUCUCAGAAGUAGUCCUUGACAGUAGACCGUUUUCUCAAGGUUGCGUGCGCAUCCAAAUUUAAGGAACUUGAAGGCCACGAUACCAGAACACGAGUAUUAUCAUGCAUUGCUAUGAACAUUUUUUCGAUAAGAAUUCAUAAAAUUGAUUAUUCUCCUGUUUAAUUCCUCUUUAAAACUGUCUUCUCAAUUUUACUGAAUUUGUGUUUUUCAAUUUUGUGGCCGUCAAGUUGGAUGCGCACGCAACCUUGAGAAGACGGUCUAUUGUUGUCAAGGGUGGUGAAACUGAUCUACAGUUUUAUACUGAAGAGGAACUUCAUAAAAACGAUAUUUUUUAAUAGAAUGAUUAUACUCAACUGUGCUUUGCAUUUAUUCUUUAAGAUUAACAAUGAUUAUUCAUAUUUUUAUAUAUUAUUUUAGUAUUAUUAUUUUUAUAUUAUUUUUUAUUAUUUUAGUGCUAUUUUGAUGCAUGGCAGAUUUUAUGCUGGGUAAAUAUAAUAUUCAUUUCCAGCUCUGUUGGUUUGAUGUAGUCAUUGUUAUUUGAACUCUUCAAGCAAUGAUAUUAUAAGAGUACAAUAAAUUGGAUUAUAGACAUGGUCAUGGUCAUGAUAGCCUUAAGGGCCCGUUUUCCUGUUACAGGUAUGAACGUGUUUCUAGCUGUCAUAUUCAAUACUGAGAUAACUGAUGCAACUGAUUUGUGAUCCAAACAGCUACAAAUUCAAUUGAUUAUUUUAUAAUCUAGUGAUUCCUGAUUUUCACAAGCCRGUAGCAAAUCUUAGCUACAGUUCCAGGCUAGUGGACAAGCGUUAGUGUCUAGCAACAUUUUAGCUUUAGUCUUUCAAUCAAAGCCUUUUGAGUUUGUAACUAUCUAAAACUUUAACACCUYGCAGGUGAUUUCCAGAUUAUCUUUUCAUAAUAAUGAGUAUAAAAUAUCAUAAUGGAUAUUUUUUCCUGCUUAGCAAAUUCAUUUCCACAUUAUAUUUCCUGUCGUGUUUGUGGCUUACUAAACCAGAUUAACCUGUCAUCCCGGAUGUGGCCAACCUGGAGGCCAGGAUAGUCUGAUUGUACAGUGAUAUUAAAGUUGUAGGUAUUGAUUACCUCUAUUUUUAUUUGGUUGUAACAUUCACUGGUCAUGAGCGCCUUGGGAAUCUCUAGGAGAGUCAGGUUGGCAGUGUAAUAGCCAUUCACUGCAAUGUAUUUCUGGAAGGUAGAAUAAAAUUGGYAUUGAAGUUA